AUGACCCAAUUCGCGUGCUGCUACCAUGUGUUCACGAACUACGUCAUGGAUGUUACCAUGUGCAUGGGUCCCAGCAUGCUCCCUACUCUCAAUGCAGCAGGCGACGUAGUCUUACUAGAGCACAUCACGCCUGCCCUGCACGCCUUAAAGCCCGGCGACAUUGUCGUCGCCAAGUCCCCUUCCAACCCGCGCAUGGUGGUGUGCAAGCGGAUCGUUGCCAUGGAGGGCCACGAGGUGCAUGCCAUGCCGCCAACAGCAGCAACCAGAGGGGUGAUGUUUGGCGGACGCGGCAGGCAAAGCGAGACUCAUACUGUGGUGAGGAGUAGAGGUGCUAUUGUGCUGAAUACACCUAGUUGCCAAGUCUCCCCCUCUAACCCGCGCAUGAGGGUGUGCAAGCGUGUGGUGGCUAUGGAGGGCCACGAGGUGCACGCCAUGUCUCCUCCACCCAGAGGGAUGGUGAUUGGCGGACGAAGCAAGCACACAGAAACACUCACUGUGGUCCCACGAGGCCACGUAUGGUUGCAGGGAGACAAUCUCUUCAACUCCACCGACUCUCGCCACUACGGCCCGGUGCCGCUGGCGUUAGUCAAAGGCAGGGUCUUCUACAGAGUGAGUGAGCGGGAGUGA